UUCACUCGCAAAUGUAUAAACUGUCGAAUACCAGCGUAAUAAAUAUGGCAGCGCCCAUGCGGUGAAAUUUUCGGAAACAUCCGAUGUAAACUUGGAUCUAGAUUAAUUUUAAAACUUGUUAAAAACAGUUUGCCAUAUAAGUAGAAAUCUGGGACCAACGCUAUUGCAAGGAUCUUGAUUCUGAGAUCGGAAUUUCUUCGCUUAAUUAUGGCAAGUAAGCAGAAACAACGUACGAAGGGAAACACACGGCCAUCCAGCAGUGGUCGUGCCGCAGAGCUUCUGGCCAGAGAGGGUGCUGGGGCAACCGCAGGGGCGUCGGGCUUCAUCGGCUUCGGUACGAUGUCCGGGGACCUGGGCUACGUACCGGCCGCCCAGUCGCUGAGCCUGGAAUCAGACCAGGACUCAUCGCUGGAGACCGAUUUCCGCAUGGCACUGAGGAAGCUGACAAAGAGAGAUGUGGUUACCAAACUCAAGGCCAUUCAAGAGUUUGGUGCGCUGUGCAAGGAGAAAAACGCAGAGGCUGUCAAGGGAACACUCCCCCACUGGCCAAGAAUGUACAGUCGACUCGCAACAGAUCAUGACAAGCGAGUGCGGGAGGCCACCCAGCAAGCCUUUGAGCAGCUGAUCCUGCGAGUCCGUCGCAGUCUGGCCCCCCAGCUCCGGGCCUUGAUGGGCCCGUGGCUGCUGGCGCAGUGCGACACCUACGCGCCGGCUGCGCUGUCGGCGAGGGCGGCAUUCCAGAGUGCUUUCCCCGCUGCGAAGCAAGGAGAGGCUGUGGCAUUCUGCAAGACCGAGAUUCUCAGGUAUCUAGAAGACAAUCUCUUCAAAGAGACAGCAGCAUCUCUGAGUGACCCAAAAUCAUACACCCCAGAAGAACAAGAGGAGAAAUAUCUUCGAAUUCAGACGUGCUCGGUACUAGGCCUGGGCGAGUUUGUGACGGUACUGCCGGAAAAGGAGUUGUCCUCCAUUCAGGACACGCUGGCGGCCAUCUUGGCAGAGAACAAGCUGUGGAAGCUAGCCAAGAGCAAAUCACCCCAGCUUCGGAACGCCAUGUACUCUCUCCAAGGCAGCCUGAUGCGGAGUGCGCCCUCUAUAGCCGAGGCUCAGCUAGCCCGCAUAUCCACCACCUUGCUAGGGGGCCUGGAUGAAUCGGACCCCCUAGCUGUGCAAGCUUUGUGGGAAUCGGUGCUUUUAGUUGUGUCUGCAUUUCCGAAUUGUUGGGAGCACGUGAAUGUGCGGAAAGCAGUCCUCCCUAAACUUUGGGCCAUGCUGCGGGCGGGCGGUAACGGCAGCGCAACCGUCAUACACCCUAAUCUACUACCCCUACUCAGCCACGUUCCCAGUGAUGUCACAGGGUCAGGGGUCAUGUUCUACCGAGAGUUCUUCGGCAACAUCAAAGAAGGCCUUACAUGCAGCUCGGCACGGCAGAGCGCCAGUGAAUACAGCGCCAUUGUCAAAGCCUACAUGGAGUGUGUACGAUACGCAAUCUCACAGUCGGUAACCGGUGAUGGGGCCGAGGAUAGCCAGAAUGUGCAAAACUACCUCAUUCAGGACGAACUGAUGCCUCUCAUUGGACAGUCGAUAACCGAUGAUGGCAGUCACCUAGCAACCACGUCCCUGUUUCUCCAGACCUCCAAACUACUAACCCACCUGUGCAAACAGCUCGACAAAACCCCAUCGGUCAGUGACGCCCUCAAAAUGUUCUGGACAAGUCUUGACGGUAUUUGCACCGAGGAGGUCAGUCUGGCAGAAGGAAGGGAACGUCCAAGCAGAUCCCUGGAAAAGAUGGCAGUCCUUCUCGCGCAGCUCCAAUUUCCGGAAAAGUCGCUGAGGGUCAAAAGGAUGCAGAAGCGUAGCGUGUCUUUCUCAGAGGAUGGGUCUCCUGUUCUGUUAGAGGCAGCGGCCAAGUCGUCGGUAGUUUCCACGAGACAUCCGGAGCUAAUCCUCCUCGUCCGUAAACUCGUAAAGGAGAGUAACAGGCUCGCUCGAAGCAGUUCGCUGUCACACCUGAAGUUUAUGGUCCGGCUUCUGGAUUCUUUCCAACUGGUUGAAGUUUUUGAAGAGCUGUUGAGCGGGAACGGAAAAGAGAAAGAUAAUUUGCAGAUAUCAGAAGAAGGGAUCGAAGAAACAGGGGAACAGGUGAUGGGAGAGAGCAGAACUGCUACAGAUGAAAAAUCAAACCCUGAAGAAGAGGAAAAUUUAGAGACAGGUGAAGAAGGUGACUUCGUGAAUACCGAAUUACAGUCUCCCGAUAUCAUCGAUGAAAAGGACUCGUCGAAAAUCGUCUGGAGGUGCUUUGAUGAGGUUCUGUUGCCGUGGGUGCAGUCGGAGGAAGCGAGGCACCAUGAUGAAGAUGAGGUCCUGAUCUCCACGGAGGAGGUCCUGCCUCACGUGGUGAAUAUCGUCGCGGCUGCAUUCGGCUGCUGCGACGACGAGGAAAGGGAGUCCAUCCUGGAUGCGUUUUGCCAAAGGACCAGUCAGCCGCAGACGCUGUACCUUCUGAUACGAAAGAUCUUGGAUUCCUCUCACAGUGCCUGCGUCAGGGCAUGGCUCAAGUCGGCUGUAUUUGGCCAGAAACUGUUGGCGUUGACCGAUACGCUAUGCUCCCAGGCCCUGGGUGGCAUAACGGAGGGGUCGGUGUCGCAGAGCUGGGAUCUGAUCAACUUGGGACUUUCCGUGGAGGUGGAGGAAGAGCCUACCGUUGACUCCGGCUAUGCCGAGCAGAUCCUGGGUAAGUUCACCGACACGCUGCUGAGGUCAAAGGUCGAAGUUGAAGGCAACGAGCAGAGAGUCCACGGCUGUAUCAGCUUCAUCUGUGAUGUGGCCACCAACUUCUUCAGUGCCGUCAAGGGUUGUCUUCUGAUAUCGUCAGCCGAGGAUCUUCUCUUGGCUCUGUUCCAACUCGGCUGCAAAGAGGCUACAAACUUCCCAGAUUCUGUUCAGCAGAAAAUCCUCUCAGCAUGGACAAAAGGGGCGGAGUCACUCAUCCGGCAAACAGGGGGGUUCCUGAAGGAGGAUGGGUUUCUGUGUAAAGCUGCUGCGUGGAUCAACGCCAGCCUGAAGCAGGGUCCGCACGACAUACACAGCAUUGAGUUAUUAGCGAAGCCAGCCGUGACCCUGAUGGACCUCAUAGCAUCCAGCCUGCCACCCUGCCUGGACCCUGAUGCUCCAAGCACCGAGGAGAGCUUCCUGACGCUCUUGAUGCCAUCAGAGACAGAGUGGGAGAGAAACCUGGACAUGCCCAACCAGUGGAUGCUUUCAUCAUUUUUCGAAGAGACCCUGACAUUCACGGAGCUCCCGGACAUGACCCCACUUGACCCUGUUACCGUGCCAACAGGACUGGUCUAUUCCGUUUUUGCCGCCACCCUCCUCCGACCGUUAGAAAUGACAAGCAGCCCUGAAGUUGAGGACAAACCUCUGCUGGAAGCAGAGGAGGUGGCUGAACAGAACAGAGAAGAGUUUGAAGGAUGCGUUGCCAUGGCGCAGUUGCCGUGGAGAUAUGAUGUCAUCGCACCAGUGCUGAAGAGAAUGUUGUAUGCACUGCAGUGGUGUAAGGGAACCAUGGGCAUUGACGCUGUGACCAAUCAGAUUCCACGACAGACUUUUAGUACUGAAAUGCCUUCAUAUUGUCCGGAGGUUGCCAUGGUUAUUAAUGCGACCCUUGAAGGCAUAUGGAAGGGUCUGUCUCAUGAUGACUGGAAACGGCUGGUGUACGAGACGCUAGAAAUGUCCCUGAUAGCUGGUAACCUGUGGUCUUCUUCCUUGUUUUACCUACUGAGCUGCUACGCGAGGUACCAGGGAAAGCGAAGGGAACUAGACCUACUGGAAAUGGCGCAGGGCUCUGACCGGUUUGCAGUUUUGACGUUACCCUCAAUUCACACCUUGGAAGCACUUCUACCUUACCUGGGCCGGGACCAGACUAUUGAGCUGUUAGAGAUCAACACGGCCAAGUUGGUGUCCUCUGAAGGAGAGAUGGUGACCCAUAUUGACGGCGGUCUUGGAAGCAUGUCGAUUGUCGCAGCCAUUGUCAAACAAGACAGCUUUGAUGCUGCGAGCCAGGGGGACAUUGUGGCCAGCUGCAUCCAGCAACUCGUGAAAUGGCGGGAGGAGUAUCCAGACAGAUUCCUCUUCGGAUGUGACUUUCGUGAGACGGUUGUUUUUGACGACGUCUUCAUCAAUAUCAAGAUGAUGCAGUUGGUCAGACUAGCCGUGGAGAGAUUACCCACUGCGCUGAGUGAUUCGACGUGGGACUUUAUACUCUGCUCUAUCGUAGCCUGGAUACAGACCUGCAGCCAGAGUAUAGACCACGCCUUGCCCUCCACUCUCCUCACCGCGUUCCUCUGCGCGACCUUUGACCUUCUGACCUCUGCCGUGACCUUGUUGGGCAGUCCCGCCGGCCAUUCAUCCCUCCCAGCCAACCUCUGCACGGAGUGGAGAGAAUUCUUCAGCGACAAAGUGUUCACACUAAUGCUACCCCUGUUUGUCACGAUUGUAGAGGUGACAGAUUUCGACUCACUCACAGUCGCACGGCAUCACCUGCUUCAGUCCGCUUCGGACGCGAUCUGCCAAAUGCCCCCAGAGCAACUCAAGAAACACACGCUCCCGCCAAAGUCUGCGCUCUCCGAGGGACCGGGGAAGGUGCCCGGUUCCCCGCAAGCGUCUAGCGAUUCUGCGGCUACCCAGAAUGCAAUCCACAUCCUGUUGGAACGGCUGUGCCCGGUACUCCUCAAGACGGACCGUUCGGUGAAAUUGGCAUCCUUCCAACUCCUCGAAAAGGUUAUGGAUGAAGUUGCCAAAGCAGACGAAGAACGGCUAAAAGAUGAGGCCAGCAGUGACAAAGAUCAGAGGGAGGAAGAGUCGUCAUUACCACCACCAGAAUCGUUAAAGGAAAUCCUAGACUCCGCUUCAGCCUACAUGGAAGUCAUCUUUGCUGAUGUCCAAGUUGGCGAGUGCCUGACCCUGGAUCCCACCAGCGCUGGCUACCACCAGAGCCUGUCCAGCGUGCUGACUUACCUGCUGGUAUGGAGACUAUACCUCAGGAUAUUCAAAGCUGCAUCGGCUGAGGUCAGGGCCGAGUACGCCAAUUACCUUCGCCAGAUAGACGGUGUGUCUAGCCUAAUGAUGAAUAUUUUCAGGCUGAUGCCCGACCCGCCGAUGUUAAGUAGUACCAAGGGAUCGACUUCACGGAACAUGUUCAGCAUAGCUCCAACAAUGAAAGCUAAAGGUAUUUCUCCCACUCAAGAAGAGAUACAGCACCAGGCCUGCACUCUGUACUACAGCAUCUUGGAGGAUCUACCAGCCAUGGUCCGGCAAUGGUGGACCAGCCAAGAUAAGAAAGUGGCUCCCAUCGUUGACAAGUAAGUAACAGUGUCAUAGUCGAGGAUGUGAUGUGCAUGUGAUGUGAUUGGGUGUGUAUGUGUACAUGUUCAUCUUUUCAAACCGUGGAUGACAAAUACCAGAGAACGAAAGAGAACAAUAUCGUCCACGAUUCCCAGCAUACGUCCGCGAUUGAGGUCGUGCACAAAACCUCCGGUAGUCUUCCUAAAAAGUUAGAGUACAAACAAAAGAGGGACAAUAGGACGUCCACGAUCGACGGUGAACACAUGUUUGCAUAUGUGUGCGUGUGAUGUGCAUGCCAUGUGCAUG